AUGGCGUCCUCUUUUAUCCACCAAGCCCUGGACCAGUUCUUGGAACAAAACCCGCCAAGAGAGUACAUCAACGCCCUCAAGUCAUUUCUCGAUACUCCCUUUCCUACCAUGCGCAGCGCCACGUGGAUCCCAUCUGCAGAUGAGGUGGCGAUUCGCCAGGACCUUGCAAAUGAGCUUCUUAAGAACAUCCAGGCAACUUACCCGAUGCUUACUGCCUUUACCGCCGUGCAGGUCUCUAUUCUUUUGCUUAUGCCACUUGAUCUGCUUCGUGAUCUUGUGCGCAACACUAAACUCGGUCCUGAUGCCAACGUUGGUCACGUUCUUAACGCUAUCGCAGGCUUCCAUUGGGUGCGUGAGAGCAUGCGAGACCUUAUCAGAUACUUUCUACAAGGAAAACACCCGGAUGCAGCUACGAAAAAGCGAAAGGCUCCUAAUAAGGAGCGGCAUGCAGUUGAGGGGCCACCCGAGUCUUCUACACAUCGCAACGAGGCGGAAAAACAAAUGGUCAUUUCAUACGUCUCCCUCAUCGAGGCCAGCUUAGGCACCUCUGAUAAAGCAUGGAACAUGAUUUCGUUGAACCCAUAUUUGCACGCGUGGUGGGCAAAGCCACACUGGGGAAUCGAGUGCUCCGGGAUUGUGCCGCGGGGGGAGAAGCAUGCCGUUGUGAUACUAUUUCAUUGGAUGCCGCACAAAAAGGGGGACCCACGGCGGACGAUCCGGGUCGAGCCAGGAACAAAUGACUGCCAGAGGAUGGCAGACGCACUAGCGGAAGGGUCAUACGGGGAGGGCCGCGGGCCUGACCUGAAAGGCUAUGCCAACGCCAUCCAGCACAGUUCGUUUAGACCUAUUGUCACUGGCCAAGAGUUCGAGAUCGCUCUCGACACGCUUGAGGAGGCCAAUAAUAUGCGCAAGAUGAUUAACAUCCAAUGGGCUUGUGUGCGAGUGGCAGCCAUGUCUGGUUCUGCCGGCCCAGACGACUUGGACGAAGACUUUUCAGAGUUUGAUUUCGAACGGGAGGCUUUCGAGAGGGAGAUGAUGCUAAAGGGGUCCGACGACGACGACUAUUCCACUGACAACUAG